CCAGCAGGUACUGUUUGACAGCAGGGCCAAAAGCAUGAUUGACCCAGUCCACAAACAGCACACGUGUGACCCAAGCCUUACUGUUGGAUCGCCACAUGACACUCAGCCGCUCCUUGUCGACCUUGUGUUUCUUGAAGGCCCGUGGGUUCUCCGAGUGGUACACCAGCAGGGGCUUGAUCUUCAGGUCGCCGCUUGCAUUGGCACAGAAGAGCAGGGUCAGACGGUCCUUCAUGGGCUUGUGGCCAGGCAACUUGGCCUCCUCCUGUGUGAUGAAAGUCCUUUUGGGCAUCCUCUUCCAAAACAGUCCAGUCUCGUCGCAGUUGAAGACCUGCUGUGGAACGUAGCCCUCCGUCUUCACAACCUCCAGGAACUCCGCUGCAAAGUCUUCAGCCGCAGAAACAUCAGAACUGGCAGCCUCUCCAUGCCAGAAAAAAACACACAAGCUUCCAGAUUCUUGCAAACCCCUCCCCAACUGUUCCCCCAGCCACCCAGCACACAGAAAUUCAAAUCCAGAAUUUUUUUAAAAAAACAGCAGAGUGGCCCAAUGGUCACAGAAAAUCAUAAAAAUGCAGAAAAACACACACAGGCUUCCAGAUUCUUGCAAACCCCUCCCCAACUGUUCCCCCAGUCACCCAGCACACAGAAAUUCAAAUCCAGAAUUUUUUUUAAAAAACAGCAGAGUGGCCCAAUGGUCACAGAAAAUCAUAAAAAUGCAGAAAAACACACACAGGCUUCCAGAUUUUUGCAAACCCCUCCCCAACUGUUCCCCCAGUCACCCAGCACACAGAAAUUCAAAUCCAGAAUUUUUUUUAAAAAACAGCAGAGUGGCCCAAUGGUCACAGAAAAUCAUAAAAAUUUAGGAAAAAACACACAAGCUUCCAGAUUCUUGCAAACCCCUCCCCAACACCAAGUCCUUGAAUUCCAAACACCCCAACCCAAAAUCCAAAACCCCCCAAAAAAGUUUUAAAAGCUUAACUUACCAAAUGGCUGCAAAAGAAGUUUUGGAAAAGCUUCAAAAAUCACCAAAGUCUUUAAAAACCUCAAAAAAGGCUACUAUGUACACUGUGUUCUAUGAGUUGCUCCUCAAAGUCAAGUCGCAACUGUAUUAACGGUGUUAAGAAAAAGGAAACAAACUUGCAAGACGUUUUCGUCUUGCGAAGCAAGCCCAUAGGGAAAUUCGUCUUGCGAAGCAACUCAAAAACGGAAAACUCUUUCGUCUAGCGAGUUUUUCGUCUUGCGAGGCAUUCGUCUUGCGGGGCACCACUGUAAUUAUUUAUCUCUUUGACAUCUGAUGGGAGGGCGUUCCACAGGGCGGGCGCCACUACCGAGAAGG